AUGGGCAUGGACCUGUCUCCAAAGCUUGUAAUUCUCCUGCUCUCUGCGCUGGUCAUCGCAAUCCUGCGCCUUCAUCGCUUCUUCAUCCGCCGUCAGUGCGCCAGCUGCCAUGGUUGUCAACCGGUCGCGCGAUCGUUCACCAGAGACCCCUUCCUCGGCCUCGAUCGCAUUCCUUGUACUCUGCGGGCCCUCAAGCAGCAUAAAAUCCUUGAACAAGGCUGUACCCUGUUCCGCACGUACGGCAAUACAUUCACGCUUAAGGAGCUACAGCGCAGUGUAAUCCUGACAAUUGAGCCGGAAAAUAUCAAAACCGUUCUCUCGCUCAGGUUCCAUGACUAUGGCAUCCACUAUCGCCUUGCGCCCUUUAAACCAUUAUUGGGAGAAGGUAUCUUCAGUACAGACGGCGAGCACUGGGCUGAGUCCCGCGCGCUUAUCAGACCGAGCUUUACGCGAGACCAGGUAGCGGAUGUGAGGGAGUUGGAGGAGUUAAUUGGGGAUUUGUUUGCAUUCCUGCCUAGGGAUGGGACGACUGUUGUCGACCUGCAGGAGUUGUUUUUCAGAUAUACCAUUGAUUCUGCGACGGCCUUUCUGUUCGGGCAGUCUGUUGCCACAUUAAAGAAAAGUCAAGAAGAUCUCGGCUUCGCAGAGGCUUUUCAUUAUGCGCAAAAGGCAGUCCUCACACGGGGCACGCUAGGUCCCCUCAAUAUGGUCUACCGUGAUCGGAGGGCCGACGAGUGUAAUCGGAUCUGUCGGGACUUUGCACAGCAGUUCGUCGAGGAGGCUGUCCAGGCUGUGGAACUGAGCAAGAAUACCAAAGGCAUAGAUGACGCCCAACCAGAUACAGACGCAAAGCACCAGAAACAUAUCUUUUCCCACGAGCUUGCCUCGCGGACAUCUGAUAAACAGCGCAUUCUGGACGAGCUUAUGAAUGUGCUCCUGGCCGGGCGCGACACAACCGCUAGUUUACUGAGCAACAUGUUCUUCGUGCUCGCUAAGAAUCGCGCGAUAUGGCAUAAGCUCCGCGCCGAAGUUGCUGUUCUCCAGGGUCAGCCGCCGACAUAUAACGAGCUUCGUGGUCUUAAAUACGUCCAGUGUUGUGUGAAUGAGUCUCUCCGCCUUCACCCUGUCGUCCCACGCAACGAACGUGAAGCCACCCGCGAUACUGUCCUACCCUUAGGCGGUGGGAAAAACGGCCUCUCCCCUGUGUUUGUGCCAAAAGGCACUAUCGUCAGUUAUAAUAUCUAUGCAAUGCAUCGCCGAACAGACAUUUAUGGCGCAGAUGCUAACGAGUUCCACCCGGAGCGCUGGGAGGAUGGCAAGCUGCGGCCACACUGGGGGUAUCUGCCUUUCAAUGGCGGACCACGGAUCUGUAUUGGGCAGCGCUACGCAUUAACUGAGGUAGCUUACGUCCUCGUCCGGAUGGUGCAGGAAUUUGCGGCCAUGGAGAGUGCAGAUCCCGGGCCCUGGGAGGAGUCGUUAGCGCUAACGCUUUGUUCGAGGAAUGGCGUUAAAGUUCGUCUUUUUCCUACUUAA